AUGGAGCUAGCAACGAGUGAGCCAAUGGGCACGCAAGCACCCGCGGCCAGGACUCAGUAUCCGGGGCGGACGCGAAGCUUCUCGACCGAAGCUCAGUGGGCGACACAGCAGCCGAUGAUCAAGAAGCUUUACGUGGAUGAAGGUCGCACUCUUCAGGAGGUCAUGGAUACUAUGAAGAGGGACUUUGGCUUCGAUGCAACUCUCCGCUUGCGCAACGGCCAGCUCGUCUCACAAGAACGUCUAGCAACAUAUCUGCGGCGCCGGGAAGAGGGUCGGGCCAGAGCCAACAAACCUCCGCUAAUCAAGGCAGUCAGAUCUCCAGAUUCCGUAUACGUGCCCGAGGCUGUAUUUUUCCAAGUCCGCACUUAUAUCCACGGCCAGUGGAAAGGUAUCGUUACAUCGGGAGAACAGCUCGAUACCUUGCGAGAGGAGCGUCCCGCGAAUGGAGAAUGGAACGCUCUAGCUCACGGCGUCAGGUACGCCUUAGAACAGAAGAGACUGAACGACGCUCUGGUCCUCAUGCGCCGGGCACCUGUUAUUUUGACGAAUUUGAUCGAACGGCAGCCUGUCAAUAUGUUACAAGUGCUCUUCAUGUCUCUGUCAUACUUCACUUUCGGGGGCCACCUCGAAAGACCCGAGACUGACCAGCUUUUGAUUGUGGUCAAACAUCUCAUCAAGUAUGCUGCAGUAUUUGCUACCCAGGACAAGGGAUUGCCCGGCAACCACCCACUCCGCCAACUACUCACAAUGCUCACCCACGUGGAUGAGAAUGACCUUCACCAGCUGGUGAUGGAGGCCUGGCGGGUCAAUUGUCAGUCAUGGGAUGUUUUAAUGGACCGCCCGAGGAGCACCCAUGCCAUUGCCUCGUGGAUCGCUCACGGCGAAUUCGCGGGCUUUAAUGCAAUGCCAUCGAAUCUUGGAAAUAUUAUUGAACUUACUCUGAACAACAAUGCGGUCAUAUACGGAGAGUACCACCGACGCACUACUCACACAUUGCAAAUGUACUCGAUGUACCUCACUUACAAGGAUCGGGCGAACGGACGAGACCCCUAUUUCAACAAGGAAAUUGUGGCAGUGUUCGAAGAUCUCGUGCGGCGCGGACCGCAAGGUCUUCUGAAGGCCGACGCCCUUAGCUGGCUUGCCCGGGCGUGCAGGGCCCGUGGGGAACGGGAACAGUCUGAGAGAUAUAUGCGUGACCUAAUUGAGUUUCUGCUUGAGGACGCUGUUCACAGAGAAUCUUUAGCCAGAGGCUUCAUGAAUGACCUAGAGACGUGGUUUGUCGAGUGGGGAGAGAAGCAGAAGGCUGCGGAAUUGGCUACGUGGCGGGAACAGGAACUAGGUGCGGAAGUCACUGCGUAA